GCCAAUCCAACCGUGGGUCCAAGAACUACCAUCCUGGAUGGCAGCUACGCAGCUCACCUUGCUGUGCUCCGCGUGUCUACUGGCCGGCAGCCUGGCCCUGCCUCUGCCACAGAAGGCAGCGGGCAUGAAGGAGCCCCAGUGGGAACAGGCUCAGGACUAUCUCCAGAGAUUUUAUUUUUAUGGCUUAAAAUCAAAGGAUGUCAAUAGUAUAGAAACCAGACUGAAGGAAAUGGAAAAGUUCUUUGGCCUUCCUGUAACUGGGAGGUUAAACUCCCACAUCAUAGAAAUAAUGCAGAAGCCCAGAUGUGGAGUUCCAGAUGUUGCAGAAUACUCGCUAUACUCAGAUAACCCAAAAUGGACUUCCAAGGUGGUCACCUACAGGAUCAUGUCAUAUCCAUUUCCCACUCGAGGCUUAUCGCCUACCAGAGUGGAUCAAAUAGUGGCAAAGGCCUUCAGCCUGUGGAGCAAAGAGAUUCCACUGCAUUUCAAGCGACUUCAGUCCGGAACUGCUGAUAUCAUGAUUGGCUUUGCCAGAGGAGCUCACGGGGAUGACAACCCCUUUGAUGGACCAGGAAACACACUAGCUCAUGCCUUUCCACCUGGGCCUGGCCUUGGAGGAGAUGCUCACUUUGACAAGGAUGAACCCUGGAGCGACGGUAGCGGUUCAGGAAUAAACUUCCUGUAUGCGGUAACUCAUGAACUUGGCCAUUCCUUGGGUCUGGAUCACUCCUCUGAUCCAAAUGCUGUGAUGUAUCCAACCUACGAACAUGAAGAUUCCCAAAAUUUCAAACUUGGACGGGAUGAUAUUGAAAGCAUUCAGAAACUAUAUGGUAAUAUUUGUGAGUUCAAGUAA